AUGCCACAGUGGAUCCUUCCUCAUGAAAAGGGCUCCGUAUCUUUUAUGGCUUCGAAGGACUUGUAUGACAAAUUCCUUGGAGUGGCUCUUUGUUUCGUUGUUAGUAAUGAUGCGAAAGAAAAGAAAGCCGUGUUUCAGGUUGAUACACAUAUUGAUGGUACACAGUGGAAAGGCAUAACACAAAUGAACAGCCAUUCGCUGGAUUCGGAUCAUAUCAUGUUUCAGUAUAUGACACCAUAUAAGGUGUGGGGAGCAGUCGAUUUUGGUCAUAUUGAUGGAAAUUAUGUAGAGUUUAAGUUUACGAUAUCGGGUGGUGUGAAAAAAUGGGGAUUUCGAAUAAUAUGUAGGCAUUUAAGGGACGAUUUAAAGGUUGAGCUUCGAGACAAUCGGCUGAUUGAUCCGGCUUUACUCUAUGAGGUUGGUCAUGAAUCAAUCGAUUCAGCAGCUGGGAGUUCACUUAUACACGAAGAUAAUUCGAGCGAAGCAGAUCUACAGAAGGACUUACAAGAAUGUCAAAUGAGCACCGAGAAAUAUAGUCAAAGAGAAAUCAUUGGCAUCUCUCCCCCGAGGCGCGCGAACCAAGACUAUGCAGACUUCUAAGUGGAUUGAAUAUGGCGGUGUUUGCUCGCUGCUUUGGUUGUUAAACUGAGCGGAACUUGCUGAGGAAGCAAUUCGUAGGUAAGUAAACUCAGCCGAUCUUGAUUACAAUGUCUACUCUUUUCCUGUUCUUCUUGUUUUCUUCUCUUUAUCUCUUUUCUUUGCUUUUACCUUUUCUCUCUUCACCUUCUUUCUUUGGGAAUUACACCCAAGUAUAAUUUUUUUUAAUCCUCUUUUCUCCGCCAUGGGCAAACUUCGAACUCCACUGCCGCCAGUUUUAGCAUCACAACUGCUCAUCUUCCAUCAAACGACGGCAAUCUCUUACGAAUGUAAGAUCGUCACCUCCCCACGAAGGCGACGAACAGAAGAAGUUUGUCUUCCUGAAACAGGGUCCCUAGCGAA